CCAUGCGAGUCUCUACCAACCGUACUAUGCCUAUUGAUCUCCAAGAUCCCUAACAGCUAUACAACAAUCCACAUCGACAAAAGAGGCUGUGUGGCUUGGCUGGGAGUCGUCGUCUUCCAACGGAUCCAAGCUGCAGGUAGAGGAUAUGGAGAAGCUCCGGCAGCAGGCCAUCCGAGUCCCGCUCAUAGCUGCAGCCCCAGAAGCUGCAGCGAUGGAAGAGGACUCAUCAUCGGACCCCGACGUAUCCCUGGUCCAGAGAGCGUCGAAGCUCAUCUCCUCCACGGUAACGGCUUACCGUGGCAAGCCGCCCUCCUUCUGGGCCCUCCUCGCCCUCAGCGCCGGCGCGAUGCUGACGGCGUUCCCGGCGUCGAGCCUGCUCUCGCGGGUCUACUACGACGGCGGCGGGCAGAGCAAGUGGAUCCUCUCGUGGUCGGCGGUCGCCGGCUGGCCCAUACCGGCGCUGCUCCUGCCACCCUGCUACCUUCUGCUCGACGGGGCAUCGCCGACGUGGCCGCCGCCGCCCAGGCUGUGCCUCUGGUACGCGCUGCUGGGGCUCCUCAGCGCCGCCGACAACCUCAUGUACGCCUGGGCGUACGCGUACCUGCCGGCCUCCACCGCGUCCCUCGUCGCCGCGUCGUCCCUCGCCUUCUCGGCGGUGUUCGGCCGUUUGAUCGUCAAGAAGAACAACGGGAUGGGGCUGGCCACGGUGAACGCGAUCGUGGUCAUCACCGCCGGCGUGGUGAUCGUCGCGCUGGACUCCGGGUCCGACCGGUACCCGGGGAUCACGGACAGGCAGUACGCGGUGGGGUUCGCCCUGGACGUGCUCGGGUCGGCGCUCCACGGCCUCAUCUUCGCGCUCUCGGAGCUUGCCUUCGCCACGCACCUCGCCGCCGCUGCCGGCAGUAAUGACGGCGGAGGGGCCGCUUCGUCGUCGUCGUCCCGGUUCUUCCACGUGGUGCUGGAGCAGCAGGUGGCGGUGUCGCUGAGCGCGUUCGCGUUCACGUCGGUCGGGCUGGCCGUCUUCGGGGAGGGGUUCGGGGCGAUGGGGCAGGAGGCGGCGGGGUUCGCCGGCGGCAAAGGGGCGUACGCGAUUGUGCUGGGGUGGUCGGCGGCGACGUUCCAGGUGGGCGUCCUGGGGGCGACCGGGGUGGUGUACCUGGGGUCGACGGUGCUGGCGGGCGUGCUGAACGCGGUGAGGGUGCCGGUGACGAGCGUGGCGGCGGUGAUCUGGUUCCAUGACCCCAUGAGCGGGUUCAAGAUCUUGUCUUUGGUCAUCACGGUGUGGGGGUUCGGGUCCUACAUGGUUGGUCACUCCGGCGCCGACAAGAAACCGUCCAGAGAUCGAUCUCGAAGCGGGAGGCAAACCAUGAGCUGAUCUUAUACUGAAGAAGAGUAUAGUUCUGUAACAGUGAUUCAUUUGCGAGUGGAUGGACAUAAUGGGCAUAAUUAGCUCCAAAUUGAAGUGCACAUUUUUUUUUGAUGUAACCA